AUGACCCGCUGCUGGGUGAUCUUGACUCUCUUCGUCCUCUGCGCUCAUGGCGAGUACAAGAGGAGAGGUCCCAUCCGUAGGAAAAUCUUCGUCGAGAAGCCGAAGACGCAGCUGCAGAUCCGAUUCCCGGCGGACUUCCCGACCCUGGACCGAGCCAUUGGGGUGAAAUUCCCUCUCCCCAUCUACAUCGAGGAAGGAAAUCACUACUUGGGUGGACGCCUUGCUGUUCAUAAGACAGAUGUCAAGCUGUACGCGGGACCCAACUUCUUCCCGGUCAUACAUGGAAGGUGGAUGCUCCUUCCUGGCUCCACGGGGGAGCUGUCGAAUAUCUGCUUCCAGCAUGAGGCGGAGGCGGAGGAGACGUGCAUGCACAUCCUUGGGGGCAACGGGAUCGCUCAGAUACAUGCCAUCACUGAUGUCAUCGAUCCCUGGAGGUUCGAGGACUGCAGGGUGUAUGCCUUGGACGGGACGUCUAUCCUGCUCUCGGGGGUGGGGAGAGCGACGUUCAAGCAUUGCAUCAUGGGAGGGAGAGACGAGGAGAAGCGAUCACUGACAGCAGUCGUGCUUGCCGAGAGUUCGUGGUGCUAUGCACAGAGCUCAAGGUUUGCCAACUGUGCAAACAGUGGCAUUAGAGCGGUGGGAGAUUCAGAAGUGAGGAUUGAAAGGUCUUCCUUCGGAAGCAACUCGGUGAUGGAAGGCAACAACUGUUCGUUGACCCUGGAGCAGACGAAAUUGCAUAACAACGUGUGGGCUGAUGAGAACAGGCCAGCAAGGCUGAUGGUCAAUUCAUUGUCUUUUUCCCCUCCUCUCUCCUUUGCUCACAUGCCAGACCAGAUGGAAAAGUGUACCUUCGUGGACCCACCCGAUCCAGUGACUAAGACGAAUGCUCCGCAACCCGCGCCUGAAGAAAAACAAGACAGCAAGGUCAAGCAAGGCGGCAAACACAAGGGAGCAGCGUUUGAGAGCUCAGAGGAGGAAGAGUUCAAGUUGAGCUCAAAGGAUUCAGGGCUCGACAACAAUGAGAUUCAGAGGCAAUUCGACGAGCGGGAAAAGCUGCUGAAACGAACAACAUCCACCAACAAUGGACAAACCAGGACGCAGAAGAGAAAUCACAGGAGGAGGAAGAAAGAAGCCUUUCAAGAGUUGUCGCGCAUCUCAUCCAUCCUGGUGCCCCUGAAGAAGUCGCCAGCAACAACCCAGGGCCCCCUCUCUGUUGGGACCAGGGCCGGGGACAGCGAUGACGAUGACGAAUCUGAGAUGGAGGAGCAGGAUCGCACGGUCAUUGAACCACGGAAACGCCUCGUCCGCUCUGAAGAGAUCUACGGCAACAGCUACGGGCUGAUGAAGAAGGCAAUACUCAAGGGCAAGGGUGUCGACACUCGAGACAAGAUGUACAUCGACGAUGAAGGCAAUGUGAGUUGA